AUGAUUCCAUGUACCGAUCCGAGCUCGCAUAAAGUUCCGAGUGGUCCAAUUUGGGUACUUCAGAUGUGGUUAACCAUGUAUUUUCCAGAAUUAAUGCAAAUUACAGACCGUGUUGAAGGUUCAUGUCAUGGAUUUACCUUUCUACAAUGCCGACCGCUCAUGUCUACUAUCGAUCAGAUCAUCAGCUUCUUCUCUGACACGGACAGCCGAUCUCCGGAGCUGUUUUGCCCAUUACUGACGUUUCCUCCUUUGUGGCUCGGAUAUGGAUUCAGAACUGAUCUUCGCGUAGUAAAUCAAGAUAAAAAGAAUUCUUGGUGGGUCAAUUGGAUGAGUGCAUUUCGAGCAAGGAAUUUGUUUCUUGGACUCACGUACUUGUCUAGUGGUUGUGAGGGAUAUUUUGAGCACUACUAUGCUCGUCAGUUCGGUCGGCCUCAAGGCUUGCCUUGCCCACUUCAAAUUGAUUGGAAUCUACGAGAUCAUUCCAGACCGAAACUAGCGAAUAUGAUCGACAUCCAAGAGUUGUUUUUGUUGAAUAAACAAUAUCUCGUUCAGUGCAAGGCUAUCCCGUACCCUGAGAGCCAACCCCUAGCCGAUCCUUCAUUCGACUCUUGGUGGAAAGAUUUUAUUAACCGAUAUUUCAUCCAUUCGGCUGAAGAAGUGUUGGCUCGCCAUGACUUUUAUCUUCCUCCCAUUAAACGAAAAGCUUCUCACGAAGAUGUUUUUCUUUUGCAGGGCGAUCCAUCCAAGAAAGCGAAAGCUACCGAGACCAUUAAGAACAAAUCUCUCGCGACGAGAUCGACUUCGGAAGCAACCUCACAACCCAAGAAACGUCCGAUUCACACUGGUGGUAAACCAAAGAAGGCGGCCGUGAAACCGAAAGCUCUCAAGACCGUUGCUAACGCCACUCCUCAUUUGAUCGACGAAGAUGAUAUACCGUUUGAUUUCGGUUCUCCUUCUGACCGUCCAACCAUCCCAAUUCCCGUCGUGCGCAAUUUGAUUGAGGAAGAUGACUUGCUGCCGAUUGACGGUUCGUUUCCUAUCCGGCCUGCUUCUGAACCGCAGCAACAAAAGAGCAAUCGGACCAAGAUCACCAUUCGCACUCGCACUUCGUCGUCGACCAACACCAUCAACCGAUCUCCCACUGUGCCGAUCAUUCCAAGUCAUCCUUCAUCUGCUGCUUCGGCGCAAGUGAAGACAGCUCUUGAAGAAUUGGAUGAUAUCCUAAAUUCUGACGUCGAGAAAGAAACUUCGUUACAAGAAGACGACCUCACUUCUGAUUGUAGUGAUCAAUCCGGUGAGCCUGAUGACUCUCUCCUUCUACUUGAUGCCAAAAUUGAAGUGAUCCGUCGUUUGAAGCCAAAAGGAUUGAAUGUUUUUGAGAAUGAUUAA